CCUUUUUUUGGACUUAUGGAUUGCUUGGAAUACUAUGAUAAUUGCUUGUUUCUUUUCGUUUUAGGAUCGAUCGUAACAAAAGAUCUAAAUAACUGCUUCGGUUCUGAAUGUAACUAUGGGGUAGUGACGACAUGGAAACAGAGCUGUUUUUAUCUUCCACACCUAUGUAAAGGUGGUUGGUUGAAUAUCACAGGUCAGUGUUGUAAAGUGUGUGCCAAUGUAACAACACAAUCACCAGGGACAACGUGUGACAUAGGCAACAGACGUUUUACCGUCGGUCAGCGCACAAACAAUGACCCUUGUCACGUGUGCAGAUGUACGGUCGACGGCACUGAAAGUUGCUCCAAUAUCACGUGUGAUACUGUGCUGGAGUGUGACGUCAAAUACAAGCCAGUUGGGGCCUGUUGUUUUACCUGCGGUUCUUCACAAAUGACAGUGAAUAUACUUCUGUUGUUAUUCAUAUUGUUGAUAUCAAAAGGGUAUCAUCACAUUUGAAAUUAUACUUUUAACAUUCUUGACACACUAUUACCCGUUUAAAACCCAUUCAUCAGAAAAUAAAUCAUAGUACAGGAGGAAACAGAGGAUAAAUCAAAGAGAGAACAUGCCCACAUUACUGAGAACAUGUUCUUGAAGAAUCUAGUACUAAAAUUUGAUACCGUAAGACUGCAGUGAAUAUUUGCAAGCCGUUCAUUUACAAUAUAACGGAAGAGUGAUUUUAGGUACUCAAAAAAACAUAAAUAUUGAAUUUAAUGAACAAGCCACAUAUUAUUUUAAUAAUUUUAGAAAUUCAUAUAAAAAUGUAGAAUUGUUUGCUGCAUGAUGAUCAGUUCAAUAGAAAACGCAAGAAAGGUUGCAUUGAUAGGUCAUGUAUAGGCCCGACGCAGACCCGAUGUAUUAUUUUAUGUAAUACUAAAUGUGGUUCUAGUAAUUGAAAUCAUACACAGGACAAUUCAUUCAUAUUAUUAAGUACACAAUGUCAUUGCAUUUAGAAUUUUUCAAAACACUCAAUAUGUUGGCACUGCAGCGACCCAACGUCGGCUAAAGGUCGGAAUAUUUUGCCGACAUACGAUAUUAAUCCUAUAUCGGCCCGAUAUGGUCAUGCUGGCUGGGGUACCCUUGUAACGGAAGGACUGGUGUCAAGUUACUGAUUUUUAAAAAAGAAAAAAAUUGACUGUUUGCAGUAUUAACGCCUUGUUACAUUCUUUCUCCAGUCUGGCUCGCGAUAUACAUGGAUUUUCUUUAACUUUUAGAUAAAUCCAAACUCAGUGUUAUUUUUUAUGUGUUAUUUUUUUCCACAUAUAUACUGUCAUGAUCUGGAAUUCUAUGCCAGCUGAUAUUUCAAAGUCCCUGUCCUGGGGUAUAUUAAAAGCCCGGAGUGACAUGAUUAUUAUGUGGAUAGACAGUUUUAAUUAAUAUUUUAACUGUACAGUAUUUAUUAUUAUCUCACCUGAGCAUAUGCUCGGGGUGAGCUAUUAGGAUCACUCUUCGUCCGUCGUCCGUCGUCCGUUGUCCGUUCACACUUUUAAAACGACAUCUCCUCUGAAACCAUAAGGCAGAUAAUAAUGAAUCUUCACAGGGAUGUUCCUUGUGUGAAGCCUUAACAAAGUUGUUCAAAGAAUUUAUUCCAUGCAGAAUUUUGGUUGCCAUGGCAACCAAAAGAAAAAACUUUAAAUAUCUUCUUUUAAAUAACCCAAAGAGCUAGAGCUUAGAUAUUUGGCAUGAAACAUCUUCUAGUGAGUGUCUACCAAGUUUGUUCAAAUAAAAGCCCUGGCGUCAAAAUUGGCCCGGCCCCAGGGGGUCAUUGAUUUUCCCUAUAUGCAUAUAGUAAAAACUUAAAAAAUCUUCUUUUAAAGAACCCAAAGAGCUAGAGCUAACAUAUUUAGCAUGAAACAUCUUCUAAUGAAUGUCUACCAAGUUUGUUCAAAUAAAAGCCCUGGGGUCAAAAUUGGCCCCGUCCCUGGGGGUCAUUGAUUUUCCUUAUAUGCAUAAAGUAAAAACUUAAAAAAUCUUCUUUUAAAGAACCAAAAGAGCUAGAGCUAAGAUAUUUAGCACGAUAUAUCUUCUAAUGAGUGUCUACCAAGUUUGUUCAAAUUAAAAGCCCUGGGGUCAAAAUUGGCCCCGCCCUGGGGGUCAUUGAUUUUCCUUAUAUGUGUAUAGCAAAAACUUAAAAAAUCUUCUUUUAAAAAACCAAAUAGCUAGAGUUUAGAUAUAAAGCAUGAAUUAUCUUCUAGUGAGUGUCUACAAAGUUUGUUCAAAUAAAAGCCCUGGGGUCAAAAUUGGCCCCGCCCUGGGGGUCAUUGAUUUUCCUUAUAUGUGUAUGGCAAAAACUUAAAAAUCUUCUUUGAAAAAACAAAAUAGCUAGAUUUAAGAUAUUAAGCAUGAAUUAUCUUCUAGUGAGUGUCUACAAAGUUUGUUCAAAUAAAAGCCCUGGGGUCAAAAUUGGCCACGCCCCAGGGGGUCAUUGAUUUUCCUUAUAUUUGUAUAGCAAAAACUUAAAAAUCUUCUUUGAAAAUACCCAAAUAGCUACAGUUUAGAUAUUAAGCAGUAAGUGUCUACAAAGUUUGUUCAAAUAAACGCCCAGGGGUCAAAACUGGCCCCGCCCCAGGGGUGUCAUUGUUUUUAACUAUAUGUCUAUAGUAAAAACUUAAAUCUUCUUUUAAAAAACCCAAUGAGCUAGAGCUUAGAUGUUUAGCAUGAAACAUGUUCUUAUGGGUGUCUGCCAAGUUUGUUCAAAUAAAAGCCCUUGGGUUAAAAUUGGCCCUGCUUGGGGGGGGGGGGAAGGUCAUUGUUUUUCAUUAUACAUGUGUAGUCAAAAUUUAACAUCUAAUGGGUAUCUUCCAAGUUUGUUCAAAUAAAAGCCCUGGGGUUUAAACUGGCCCGCUCCAGGGGCCUAUAUACAGGUGAGCGACCUCAGGGCCAUCAUGGCCCUCUUGUUUUUUGUUACUGUUAAUUAUAACAUUAUCAGCUUUGUUUUAAUUAGUCACACAUACAUCGGUAUUUCUUACCUUUUUUGUGUUUUCUUCUUAUUCCUAGCAUUGAUAUGCGCCAGAAAAAUUAAUAAGACAAUUCGGCCCCCUGACGAUUCGCCCCAUAACGAUUCGCUCCACUUUAUUUACGAUUCGUCCCACUUAAAUGACGGGGACUGACGAUUGCAAACAAGAUAUUUGGCAGCGUCCGUCAAUUUCCGACUAUUUAACAGAAAUAUAGAACUUUUCUAUAAUUUAAAAUAGACAAUGAACAAUGAUACAUGUAUUCUUUAUCUAUUCGAUCUACCUCUCCUUUUGUACAUUUUAUUGAUCUUAUUGUGUGUGCUUUAUAAUCUGUAAGAACACUAAAUUUAUUAUAAUCAGGCUUUAUUAAAGGUAUUGGUAAUAUCCAAGUAACUCCGAAUCUUAUCAUUAGAUUAGAAUUUACAUCAUUAUACCUAUCAUCUUUUCAUCACCAUGAAAGUAAAAAUGUAUACAUGCAAUUGGUCUUGUUGUUGUUAGAAAAAAAA